AUGACGCGUCAUCUCAAUGUUGCAGUGACCGAUAUCCCCGGCCCUCCCAAGUAUCGGUCAUUUGUCGGAGCAAACGGUUUCUUGCCGCCGUUCUCUAACAGAGAAAGCACGUCCUUUAAUUAUCGGGACGACCCGGAAGAGAAAACUCACAGACAAGAUGGAGAUGCUCCAUCCAAGAGCGACUGA